AUGUCACGAAGAAGCGGAACCACAUCAAAUGAUGCAAAUUCCCCCGUUAAAGAUGCCGAAACGAAAGUAAAAGCGAUAGAACUUGCCGUCGACGAUAGACAUUUCUCCAUGAUCCGCGCGCUACACAUGGCCGACCUGAUCACUGAACUCAACGGUUUUUGCGGCGCAAUGAGCAUAUUCUCAUCCCUGCGGUACUGCCUUGGCAGUCCCGAUGACCUCUCACAACUCUACAUUGCAAUGACUUUCAUGCCAUUUGGACUUUUCUUCGACUUUAUGGACGGAAAGGUCGCUAGAUGGCGCAAGAAGAGCUCCCUUAUGGGCCAAGAGCUGGAUUCACUCGCUGACCUUAUCUCUUUCGGCAUGGCCCCCGCUUCGUGCGCCUUCGCUCUCGGUUUCCGCACUUUUCUUGACACUGUCUUCUUAACUUUCUUCGUCCUCUGUGGCCUUUCUCGUUUGGCACGUUUCAAUGUGACAGUUCAAAUGCUCCCUAAAGAUGCCACAGGAAAGUCCAAGUACUUCGAAGGAACACCUAUCCCAACCACACUUUCUAUUGUAUCAUUGAUGGCAUACUGGGCGUCUAAGGGCUGGCUCCUGGAUUCUCUGCCACUUGGAACUAUUGGAACCGGAUUAUUGGAAUUCCAUCCGGCGGUUUUAAUCUUUUGUGCGAGCGGAUGUGCGAUGGUGUCAAAGUCGAUACAUAUUCCAAAGCUCUGA